CAAACACCUUUCACCUCCACCUCUGCACUUCACUUCUCUCUACAAACACCUUUCACCUCCACCUCUGCACUUCACUUCUCUCUACAAACACCUUUCACCUCUGCACAGAGGUCUCUCUGCUUCGUCACCAUAAUCGGGCUCGUUGUUAGAUUUUUCUUCUGUUUCUGAAGAUUGCAUCUGAAGAUGGAAGGGUACGCCCUUUUUGACGAAUCUGUACAGGGAAGUCAAGCCAUUGUUUUGAUGGCCAUUGACAGGUUGACCAACAAAAAAAUGGCAUUGAAGAAGAUCUUUUUGCCUGAUGAUGAGAUACCUUGCAGUGCUAUCCGUGAAGCUUCAUUGCUGUUUGAUUUACGUCACCAAAAUAUCGUGAGGUUGGAGCGUGUUUUCGUCGAAGAAGGGUUUUUGUAUAUGGUUUUGGAGCACGUUGCUAUGGAUUUGAGGGUGCACAUGUCUUGGCAUGAUGAAAAAUAUCCAGCUGUUAUCAAAAAAUUUCUGAAGCAGAUUCUUUGUGGGAUAUCUUACUGCCACUCCAACGGAGUUCUGCACCGCGAUCUGAAGCCCGAUAAUCUCCUAAUUGAUACACGUUCAAAUACGCUGAAGAUUGCGGAUUUCGGACAUGCUAGGGGAUUUGUUUCCCCUGACCUGAUGCUUACUCCUAAGCUGGUAACCCUUGGUUACCGAGCACCAGAAAUUUUAAUGAGUUCCAAGCAUUACUCUGCUGCUGUUGAUAUGUGGUCUGUGGGAUGUAUAUUUGCUGAAAUGGUAAUGAAGGAGCCUUUGUUCAAUGGCCUGUCUGAAAUUGAUGUUCUGCAAGAAAUUUUCAGUUUGUUGGGAACUCCCAACGAGGAUAGCUGGCCAGGAGUAACUUCACUACCUGGUUUUCCUCAUGACAUGAUCCAGUCACCUCCUAUGGAUCUUGGUGCUGUUUUGAAAGACCUUGAACCCGCUGGACUUGAUCUGCUUUCGGGACUUCUAUCCUUGGACCCGGAGAGGAGGACUACAGCAGAAGCUGCCCUAGGGCACGAGUUCUUGAGUACAACUACGGUUGAUUUGGUGGAUGCUUUUGGUGCACUCAACUUUGCACUUGGAUAGAACUCUUUUGGAUGAAACUCUUUGGAUUGUUGGAUGAAACUCUUUUGGAUUAUAUUGAUGAUUACCAACUUUAUGUUACAAAGGAAAGGCAAAAACAUGUUUAAAAUGAUGAAAAACAACAGAGAUUUAGAUGUUUUGAGUUCCCAUGGCUUCUUGGUUUACAGCAGAAGUAGGUGCCCAAUAUUACUGACUAUUUGGGUACACUUGGCUUGAUUUGGAUAAUUGUUUUGUAACCAACUUUGCACUUGACUUGACUUUAUCAUUAGUUUGUUGCAUGGAUGAAACUUUUUGGAUUUUGUUGGA